CGGCGAUGGAUAGUUUGUUUCGAAGUGCGUCGUAGUGUGUUUGCCUUCGUUAUUUCGGGAGGUUUUUCAACUUUUCUUUCUCCGUAUCGUGAUUCUAUUAUUAUAUCGAGUCUAUGCACGUGGAUUAAUUUCCAAUCUCGUGUGUGCGGGAGUGAUACAAUUUGUAGCAUAAGCGUGCCUUGUGUCGGACACUUUUUGCACAAGAAUAAUGGCCGAUGUCGAAGGAAAAAAGCUGACCGAACUUCGAGUUAUAGAUUUGAAAACAGAACUCGAACGACGCGGGCUAGAUAAGACUGGCAAUAAAGCGGCACUCCUCGAACGUCUCUCCAAAUCUAUAUCUGACGAAGGGGAAAAUCCAGACGAAUAUCUGAUUAUACCAUGUGGUGGAGUAUGCAAAGUUAGUCCAAGAAAGAACAGUGUAACUGGUGUAACAAAUCAAGAAGAAUUACCCGAAACAUUGGAAAGUCAGAAAGAAGAAGUUACAGAUGGUCCAGAUGAUAAUGAAACAAAGCCAAAAACAGAGACAAAGCCUGUAAUAGAAAAGGAAAUGGCACCUAAAAUAGAGGAACCUCAAAGUGAAGUUCAAAAUAAUACUAGCAAAGAAAUAGAGUGCAAGCAAGAACCCAAAGUUCACUUGAUUAAAAUCACAAUCGAAAGUGCACAGCCAAUUGAAAAGAAAGUAGAGCCUGAAGCUGCAAUUGUGGCAAAUCAAACCUCUACUAGUUCAGCUUCAACAGUUGAAGCUAAUGGCAUCGAUAACGAAGAUUCAAUUAAUCUAACUAUUGGGGAAGAUGAAGAAAAUCUCCUUGCUGAGGAGACAGAGUCUCACGACAGACACAAGGAUGGAGGAGAGAAGAAGAAAGUGGAAGAAAACAAGAAGGGAGAGUCUAAAGGGAGCAGUAGAGCAGAAGCCGGUGCCAACAGCAAGGAAGGGACGACGUCAGGUGCAAACGUCGGGACGAAGAACAAGCAGGACGGUGGAGACGGAAGCAAGAGUGUGGAGUCUAGUAACAAAAGUCAAAAAAGAGAAGAUAAAGACAAAAAGGCUUCGCAAGUUAGUCCAGUUAAUGCGAGCAGCAGAAAUUUAUGGGUAUCUGGGUUGUCUUCGAGUACUCGUGCGACUGAUCUGAAACAAAUAUUCUCGAAAUACGGGAAAGUGAUAGGUGCCAAAGUGGUUACAAACGCAAGAACGCCCGGUGCAAGAUGCUACGGAUACGUUACCAUGUCCACGAGCGAGGAUGCUGCAAAAUGUAUACAGCAUUUACAUAGAACGGAACUUCACGGACGCGUGAUAUCCGUAGAAAAGGCGAAAGGCGACACUCAGCAAAGUCAUAUGCGUAAACGGGACACUACGAAUGGAAAGUCCGAGAAGAAGGAGGAGAAAGACAAGAUAAAGGAUAAUCACGAUGUAAGCGAUCGAAAGGAGAAAGAACCGAAAAAGGAAAUCGAAGAUAAAGGGUUGGAAACAAAACCGUCUAAAUGUGCGACAGCGAAAAAAUCGGACGAGAAAAGCGAUGGCGCUGAGAGCAAGAAAGCAGAGGUGCUGGAGAAGAAAGACGAAGUCUCCAAGGAAUCUGAUUCCCGAUCAACCAAGUCGACCAGCAAAAAGCCAGAGGGCGAGAAAGGAAAGCGCGGCGGCGGCGGCGGCGACGAGAAGAAAAUCCGUUCCUGGGAUCAUCAUCGAUCUCAUACGCGAUCCCGUAGCCGUGAACGGCGCAGACGCGACGACGUCCUCACAUUCGCUAAGAUCAGGGAGGAACGGGAGAGGCAAAGAUUACGCGAAAGAGAGAGAAUACUUCGCGAGGAAGAACGAAGAAGGCGCGAAGAUAUGGAGCGACAGAGGGAAAUUGAUCGCAAACAGAGGGAAGAGGCCGCACGUUUGGAACGGGAACGGGAAAAGUUACGGAGGGAGAGAGAAAGGAUCGAACAGGAGAAGGCGGAGUUGCUUCGUCUCGAACGGGAACGUCAAAAGGUCGAAAGGGAGAAGCUGGAGCGGGAAAGGUUGGAGCUGAAAAGGCAACAGAUGCGGCUCGAGGAGAGCAGGCGUGCUCCGCCGCCACCGUCUAUAAAACGAUCUUCUAGCGACAGAAGGGAUCCCAGAGACUUAUACGUGGAACCGGACAGAAAGCGUAUGACGACAGAGCACAGUCGAAGACACUCCCCGGAGCGAGUAAGUGAUCGACGCGGUGAAAUAUUGGAUCGUGUCUCUGAUAGACGAUUGGAUGCAUCGCCGCCUGCACGAUACGAGUCUAGCAGAUCCGCCCAAGAUAUCGGACUGAAGAAGGAAUUUAAACGCAGCAGUGAUUUCCCUUCGCGAAGUAGUCGCCCGGAAAGUUUCUCCGAAGUUUCCCGUGGUAGGGAAGUUAUAGUACGCCGAGAGGCGCUUAGCACGACGGCGUCAUCCAUUGAUCCUCGACAAGUGAAGGAAAGAUCGUCGACGAAAUUUUUCAGCAGGUAUGAACGACCAAGUACGACCACUUACACUCGCGAGCGCGAAGUUCGACGUUCCGAGCCGGAAACGCAUAGGAGCUCCAGGGACAGUCAUACGCGUUACAGCGAAAGUUUCAAACCUACAGGUUCCAGUACACCACGUGACAGUCGCUACGUGGAGAGCAACAGAACUACUAGUAGCUGGCAUUCUGGGCCACCGUCUACAAAAUCAUUUAAUUCCGUACCGAGUAGCGGAACUCGAGACCCUCGAAAUGAACCAUCCAGCUGGAGUUCCAGGUCCUCAGAAAAUGUAAACAGAUGGAGUAAUUCGAGCAGCAUGGGAAACACCUUACGUCAUCCAGUACCACCGACGUACCAAAGCGGUCCAAUUCAGUCUAUGGGAUUGACAGCGCCCGGAACAACGCCAUCGUACGAUCGCUUCGAUCCAUACAAGUCGUCGAUGCCAAGCAUGAGAAAAUAUUGAUCUUGUCGCUCCGAUACAGAUUACUGUGACGAAUAACAGCGAAUUCAAUGAUACUACGUUUCAAGGCGUAUGCGUGUGCACAAGCCACAUACGCACGCCGAAUUACUACCUACAUUCUUGAUAAAUCAAAUCUAAACUAUCCACAGGCAGUUUAUCGUACGCGCAAUCUCGGUUGUAACGGUUACACGCGACGUUUGAGAACUUGAAUUCACGAGAAGCGAACCAGUUUUUUAAUCCACGAACGAGAUCCGUGCGCAUGCGUGCGCACAUGCUAGAAAUCGUUUUUCGGGACACCCCCCCUAUUAUUCGUUGCAUUUUAAGUUUAUACCGAAUAGAUUUUUAAUCGUCGCGCGUAUCUCUCGCGUAAUCGUAGCGAUCGUGAGGGCACACGAAACCGUUGAAUAUUCAGGAUAAGACAAUUCGAACGAGUCGAAACGGCAUUUUCGUUCUCUUGAUUUCUUUUUUUACGAGCACAGUUCGACAGUGGUAUUAAAAGACAUUCAGAAACGUCCACCGUGAAACGCGUUCAAACGGCACGUAUUUAUUGGUUUUUUCCAUGCGCACCCAACUUGCGAAAUACAUGCAACGCGUACCACGCACGGUAUAUGCAUUACCGAACUGUAAUUGAUGUUUGUACAGUUGUUAAUAGAUACGAUCGUGUGGUUAGAGAUCCUAUAGAGGAACGCUCGACGCGGGAGAACAUUUUAUUCGUUUCGUUUCACCUGCUCGACGAAACGGAUUAGAUUUGUACGAUGCGUUAUAUGAAUCGUUUAACUGCAAUUUAUUCUGAACGAUAAUAACGCGCAUUCGUUUACAUCGAUGGACAUAUUCUUGUAGGACAUUAAGGUAUCGUAUAGAGUCACUCGCAGUUGUAUCGCGUACCUUUAACCGAUUCUUUAUAGAAACACGUACAUAUUCUGCAAGGAUAUGACUGAAUUUGUAUAUUGAAUUCCAUAAGAAUUGUAUAUCUAAUGACGAGGAAAUUUACGUUCAUACGUGAACCACACGUACCACGUUUCAGUGUAGCGACGAUUAUUACAGCAUAAGUAAAUUUAUGGCAUAACAGAACGUUUUCGAAAUCCUUUACCAAAGACCUGGCCAAACCGCGCGAUACAAAAAUAUAUACAGGGUGUUUAGGGUAUGCUAAAA